AAAUUGCAAUGGCCUGGCUGGACCGAGAACACUCGGAAGAUUAUUGCGCGUGGUUGUUUUCAGAUCUCGGAGAUAAGCACUAGAAAGGCGUGGGCGACAGCAGCGGGUCAGGUUUGACGCAUCAAAGAGGGCCGUUAGUGAGUCGCGACCAGAACUGCUAGGGAUCAGCAAUACCGCGACAGGAUUCAGACACGGAAUCGAAGGUCUGUACCAACGCAAAACGCACGGUGAACUUUGAACCCUGUGGGGUUGAUUUGAUAUAGUGCACAGACCAGGGGCCGGGCCCAGAGCCUCUGAGACAGACGGCCACACAGCGUCGUCGCCACCAUGGGCAUCCCAGCCAUCGCGCUUACUCUUAGCCUGCUGCUUGGCACGACCACCGCCCUGCCAGACCAACGCUCAGUUUUCAUUGAGAAACAGGAUGCCAGUGCCGUCAUGUCCCGACACAGGAGGGCCAAUGUCGGCAACGAGGAGACCCUCAUGCCUGCCAACCUGGAGCGCGAGUGCGUGGAGGAGGUGUGCAACUACGAGGAGGCCCGUGAGAUCUUCCAGGACUCCUACCGCACGGACAUUUUCUGGUCUGUGUAUGUCGACGGAGACCAGUGCCUGGGAAACCCCUGCAAGAACGGGGCCAUGUGCUCGGACAGCGUGGGCGGCUACGACUGCGUCUGCAAGUCGGGCUUCUCCGGGGCCCUCUGCGAGACGGACCAGACCGUCUGCAUCCCGGACAAGACCAAGGGCUGCAGCCAGUUCUGCAAGCCGGGGUACCAGUCCUACGAGUGCUCCUGUGCCACAGGCUGGAAGGUCAAGGAUAAGUUGAAGGACAAGGAGAAGUGUGUUCCUGCUGUGGCAUACCCUUGCGGAAAGGUGGACAGUCUAAGUCAGUGGGACAGGAGGAGGUCCGCCAACAUCCGCAGUGGCUAUGAGGGACUGAGCUGCAACGCAGGGGAGUGUCCCUGGCAGGCGCUGCUGCGCAACGAGGAGCUGAACUGGUUCUGCAGCGGGGUCAUCCUGAAGGAGAACCUGGUCCUGACCACGGCGCAGUGCGCUACCAAGUACAGCCGCUUCCACCUGGCCGUGGGCAAGAGGGUGAAGGAGUUUGAGGAGGGCGAGCAGACCCUGCAGAUGAAGAAGGUGACCCCGCACCCCCUGUACGUGGAGGGUCGCCCCGGCAACGACCUGGCGGUGGUGGAGCUGAGCGAGCGCAUCGCGUUCAAGAGGACCGUGCUGGCGGCCUGCCUGCCGGAGCGGGACUUCGCCGAGGGCGUGCUGAUGACGGGCGAGUACGACGCGGCGGUCACCGGCUGGAGGGACGCGCCGGAAGGUUCCGCCGACGUGGAGGGCAGCCUGACGCUCAACCACCUGGCCUACGAGCCGUUGGCGGAGUGCAGGGCGCGGCACGCCGGCCUGGUCACCAACAAGAUGUUCUGCACCACGCCCCGGGCCAAGGCCGACUGCGCCCUGGGGCCCGGCAGCGCCGCCGUCACCCUCUACCGCGACGUCUUCUUCCUCACCGGCGUGCUGAGCCGGCCCCCGGGACACAGCUGCCAGCAGGGCUACGUCUUCCAGAAGGUCUCGCGCUUCCUGCCCUGGCUGCAGCCGUUCAUGGCGUGAGGAGGCGGAGGCGGAGCUGAGAAGGAGAGGAGGCGGGGCUUAUGAGUAGGGGAGGAGGGGCCGAGGAAGGUGCGGUGCAUUGUGAAUGGGGAGGAGCUAGGGAAGGGAAUGGUUCUCGACAUCAGGACUCAGAGGAGUCUUUGUGUGUUAUUAGCCUCAUCUUUAAAGCAGGCCUUCACAUUUUCCCUGUUUAGUGCUCAGCAUUAAUGGCAUUGUUCUAACUGUCUUUCCACUUUUUCACUGUCCUUUGCACAAGAGAUGACAUAGCAUGUUAACCAGCUUGAGCAACAUCUCUGUGUUAGCAGAUGUUUUGAGCUGAAUCGGUUUUUUUUUCUUUUGUAGUUCUCCACUUCCUCCACAGGGUGGAGCUCUAUCAUCUAAAUAUUGUAAAACGUCACUGUUGAGUAACAGCUCUAAACAUGAAAAAUAGAACAGCAUACAUUUAUUAUUAUUAAUCAGUUAUUAUUAUUAUCAGUUUUAAAAAGAUAUAUAUAUCUGUUUAGGUCUGACCAUUUCACUACUUUGUUUCUACUGUUCUUAGCCAGCUGUUAAACAUGUAAUAAACCCAAUGUUAGACAUAAUAUUAGUGAUGAAUGAAAUAAAUAAUGUAGCUCUGACUGAAGUGA